UAUCUCCACACAGGAAGACCACAGGCUGAAUCUGAGAAAGAAGAAUUAUCUGCAUUAUCUCCGCCACCAAGAUGCUGACUGUGUCUCUACUCGUUUGUGCCAUGAUGGCUCUGGCUACAGCUGAUGACGGAGAUGUUGCUUCCAACAACACAGAUAUCACUUCCAGCUACAAAGAGGACCCUUCUUGUCCUGCUUCUUGGCAUAAGUACAAUGAUCGCUGUUUCCUCUUCGUUCCUAGAACACUGGAUUGGUCUGACGCUGAGAAAAACUGCCAGUCCUUGAAAGGAAACCUUGCAUCGGUGCACAGUAUUCAGGAGUAUCAGUUCAUUCAGAUGAUAAUCACUCAACAGACUCAUGCUAAUCCAAUGACCUGGAUUGGAGGCACUGCCUGCCAGAAGCAUAGUAAUUGGUUCUGGAGUGAUGGCAGACCUUUCUCCUUUACAUUCUGGUGUGCAGGGGAACCCAACAAUGCAGGUGGCAACCAGGGUUGCCUCCGGAUGAAUUAUGGAGAGCACAACUGCUGGGAUGAUAUCCAAUGUUCUGACAAACUUCCAUCUGUCUGUGCCAGAAACCCAUAAGAAUCUCCUGAGCUGACACAGAGAUAAAUUGUGCCUACCACACACACAAACAUAUUCUGGGUGUGUGACAGUGUGGAUUUAUCUGUGUCAUCAGUCUCAUGUGUAAUCACAUCUUUAAUUCUCUGUUAGGCUGUAACCAAACUUCCUAACUUCCUAUUUGGCCUUUAAUAAGAGAAGAAUGAAUAUGUUGUGAAAAGAACACUUUUAGCACAAACUAAUCUUUGAUGCACUUUGAAUUAAAACUCUGGAGCAUUGAAA